AUGGCAUGGGGAAGCAUGGAAGAUUUCGAACCUUGCGAUGACGACUUCGACUUCGACGACUUCGUGCUCUUCCGCCAACCAGGAGUGAACCCAAAUAAGAAGAGAAAGGCGGAGGUGCAUCGUGACCGAUCAAUGGUCGAUGUUUCCGGCGCAAUCGAAUACAGCUUCGGCGUCUCCGUGCGCCUCGCACAAGGCAGGCAGAAGCAGAAGCCGGACGAACAAGUGGCUGGCCUCAAGUAUUUUCUCAAGGUUUGGAGAACAGAGCUGCCGUGGAUCAAGCGUCGUCCAACAGCUGGCCCAUUCACGCAUUGUGGAUUGUGUGAUUACCUGAAGUGGCAAAUCGGCAGUUGCUCAGACAAGGGUCUAAGGCAGAAGCUACAAGGCAUCCUUGGCGAACACUUCCAAUUUCAGGCGGCGCAGAGAGUGGCCAUGAGCCAAAUCUUCCGAGAGUCCGAAGAGCAUCCUGAGGACGUGCUGGCUGUGGCUUGGGAUAAGAUGGACCAAGCGAAGACCAUCGUGCCGCGAGUUGUGCGGUUGGCGAACACACAAUUCAUGAAGGGUGGAUCUCGACUGGUGGUGUCUUUAAUUGGCGUGCUGGCGCCGGCUCUGUUCAAGCAACCUCUUGUCUACACCAUACUUGAGGAUCAGACGCAUGGCGGGGAUAUGAUAGCGAGCAUGAUGAUCGACAUCCUUCAGGAGGCAGCUGCAAUCCGGGGCGAGCUCCCAUCAAGGCUAUUCAUACAAGCAGACAACACAGUAAAAGAAACGAAAAACACGAUCUGCCUUUUUGCUGCUGCGUGGCUCCUUGCGCAAUUGAAAGGAACAAGGCUGCAAUCCAUUGAGUUCGGAUAUCUGGUUGUUGGCCACACACACGACUUGAUUGAUGCCAUGUUCGCCUACAUCUCAAAGGCGCUGGCCGGGCGAGACUUUUACAGCCUAGAGGAAAUGAUAUCUAUUCUACAGCGUGUCAUGAAAUCUCCCCCGUUCUGGAAGCACUUACGGGAUGUAUACGCGUUCAAAGAUGCCCAACCUGAGAAGCUUUCCAGCAAGAGGGUCACAGGCGUUACGCAGCCCAACAACGUGCGAAUUUUCUGGGGCAAAGAUGGCAGCAUUCUUGUUCAGUCCAAGCAAUGGCUGACUUCCCCCGACUGGGGAGAAGCAAUGGUCUUGGUGGAGCAGUGUGACAUUCAACAAUUGACGCAAUUGUACCCCGACAUAGUGCAACCUGACUGGGAGGAGGGUUUUGAAAGGAGAUCUGCGGCCUGGUUCAAAAAACUUGGUGACUUGCUUCUGUGUCUCUGA